AUGGCCGAGCUCCCGUCGAAGGUGCACCUCACCUCGCACCCCAUCUGCCUGAGUAUCCGUGGGCCCUCGGUGUAUGAGGACGAGAACCAGCGCACAUGGGUGCAUCUCGUCAUGGACACAGGAGGUGUCCUGCAAGUAUGGUUGUGCCAGGUAAACAUCCACAGUGGGGAUAUCCCACUCACCACCAGUCCGCUGACCUCAAGCACCAUGCCAUCGAUGUGGACGCUCCACCUUGGGAGCCAGUACCUGGAUUCCAUGGGCCGGUUCUGGCGCAUCGUGUUCCACGUCAAGGAGGAUGACACGGAGGAAAUGAUCCUUGAGCUGAUGGACAACUCGUAG